AUGGAAAGACGGCCGACGAACGCAAGGUGGACGAUAUUCCCUCAAGAACUUAAUUUGCAAAACGGAAAAACAUAUUUUCUUAGGAAUAUAGCAAAUGGUGUCGGAGGCCAUCCUAAAUGGAAGGAUGUGGAUAUGGUUCUAUUCCCCAUAAACGUUCCUCAUGCCCAUUGGUUUUUGGCAGUGCUACAUUUAGAUAUUUGGAAAGUACACAUUUAUGAUUCAGCACGAUGUAUGAAUUACUUCACAACGUACUUGACUGGUGGAGAAUUCAAAAGUUUUGGGGAUAGUAUAAUCGAAGAGCUAGAUGUCAUUGACUACUGGAAGGAUUUCCCCGAUCGACACAAAGACAACGCAGUUGUGGAGUUUAUUGAUAUUGUAGACGCGCCACAACAAGAAUAUAUUACUAAUAGAGGGGAUUGUGGAGUAUUCGUAAGCAUGUAUAUGGAAAUGAUUGCUUCGGGGGUACCGGUGAAGAGUGAUAAGCCAUGUAGAGAUGCAGGAUUUCUCUACAGAAAUAGGAUGACAAAUAUUAUUUGGGAUACUAAAUAACUUGAUGUUUGGAAGUUUGUAUACAUUUUUAUGAAAUACUUGUUUUUAGU